AUGCCCACUUCCCCUCCUCCCCGGCCCCCAUCCUCUAGAUUCGGCAUGAGAACUCGCAUGCGCUGUGCUCGUCACAAGGAGUCCCACCUGGACCUCCUCAUUGCCCCUCUCAAACCCCUUCCUCAAGCUGCAUGGAGACUGAGUAUAAAUUCGCCCUCACAACCGGAUUUUGCUCCAUCUUCCCACCGUUUACCCCUCAGUCGCAAGGAGGAGAAUCGUUUCGAGGAAUGCGAGACGCGCUAUGGUUUUGCUGCUCGUGGUGCUUCUGAGGCCUCGAGGACUACGAGGGUUUCCGUUGUCCACCCGCCUUUUGUGACGAUGUUCGUCGAGGCCAUCGCGUCCUUAAAGGCGAGGCGUGGCUCCAGUCGUCAGGCCAUUUUGAAGUACAUAAUAAAUCACUACUGGGUGGAGGGGAGGGUUGCUGAGGUCAAAGUUCACUGCAUUCUCGUUUCCGUUUUGCCUGACGGCAGGUUGGUCUGUGUGAAGGAACACGGUGCCAGUGGGCUCUUUCAGAUCACCUGA